AUUGUACAAGUCUGAUCUCGAACUUGUGCUCGGAUUAAUUCAUUACGCUUUUGCUUCACGUGGAGUCGAGGAAUGGAAUCAAAAGCAAAGAAGUUUAAAAAAGGAAAUGAAAAGGAUACAUUGCUUUCAAGUAAAGAAUGGAAUGUGUUGCGUAAAGACAAACAGACAGAAAAGCGGAAGAAGAGGGAGGAGAUGCAUAUUAAAGAGUAUGAGGAACUGAAGAAAAGCAAAGAGGAAAAAAUACUUCAAGGAAAGGAGAAGCAAGAGCAGCAAAACAAACAAGAAACUUUGGGUCGCAAUUUCACUUUGUCAGUUGCACUACCAGGUUCCAUCCUGGACAAUGCACAGUCCCCAGAAUUGCGCACAUACUUGGCCGGGCAGAUUGCACGGGCAGCAGUAGUUUUUAAUAUUGAUGAAGUCAUUAUAUUUGAUGAGACCAACACACUCAACAGGUGAGUUUCCUUUUACCUAUGCGGAAAAAAUGGAUGCUUACAGAUGGCACGGAUUCUUCAAUACCUUGAGUGCCCACAGUACCUCAGGAAAAUUUUCUUUCCACAACAUCGAGACUUACAGUAUGCAGGUUUGUUGAAUCCUUUAGACUGCCCACACCAUAUGCGUGCCUCUGAAGAGUGUAAGUUUCGUGAAGGCGCAGUUUUGGACAAACCUGUCAAAGAAGGGAAAGGAUCUUUUGCUAAUGUUGGCUUGCAGAAGGAAGUUCAGCUUGACAAGAAGCUUGCACCUGGCACUCGCGUAACAGUCAGAAUGGCACCUGAUAAUGGGACCAAGAAACGUAUUGGCACAGUUGUCCACCCUGAAACUCCUCGAACUGAGGAAGGCUUGUACUGGGGCUACCAGGUUCGCCUGGCCAAAAGCCUGGGAGCUGUGUUUGUGGAAUGUCCCUUUACUGAUGGCUAUGAUCUGAGUAUUGGAACCUCUGAGCGAGGUGAAUCAGUGGAUGCUUUGCAGCUUUCACACUUCAAGCAUGGACUUGUGGUAUUUGGAGGGCUACAAGGUUUGGAAGCAAGUCUGGAGGCAGAUGAAAGUUUAGAGGAGGAUGACCCCAGUUUGUUAUUCCAACACUACAUCAAUAGCUGCCCAACACAGGGUAGUCGCACUAUUCGGACUGAGGAAGCCAUUUUGAUUACACUGUCAGCCUUGAGACCAAAGAUAGCAGCAACCCAAGCAUCUGAAGCUGUUUCGUGACAGGAAGUUGUAUUUUUAAAAACGAUCCUAUUUUUGUAUAAAGAGAAUAAAACAGAAUCAAGAUA